CCCGCCGUCUCCUCCCAUCCUCCCAUUCCCUCACUCCCAGAUCCAAUCCGCCGAGCUCUCCCGCCCGCUGCAAUGGCGCUCUCCGUGGAGAAGACCUCGUCGGGGCGGGAGUACAAGGUCAAGGACCUGUCCCAGGCCGACUUCGGCCGCCUCGAGAUCGAGCUGGCCGAGGUCGAGAUGCCCGGGCUCAUGGCGUGCCGCGCUGAGUUCGGCCCGUCCAAGCCCUUCGCCGGCGCCAGGAUCUCGGGCUCCCUCCACAUGACCAUCCAGACCGCCGUCCUCAUCGAGACCCUCACCGCCCUUGGCGCCGAGGUCCGCUGGUGCUCCUGCAACAUCUUCUCCACGCAGGACCACGCCGCCGCCGCCAUCGCGCGGGACUCCGCCGCGGUCUUCGCCUGGAAGGGGGAGACGCUCGAGGAGUACUGGUGGUGCACCGAGCGCUGCCUCGACUGGGGCGAGGGCGGCGGCCCCGACCUCAUCGUCGACGACGGUGGCGACGCCACGCUCCUCAUCCACGAGGGCGUCAAGGCCGAGGAGGAGUACGAGAAGACCGGCAAGGUCCCCGACCCGGAGUCCACCGACAACGCCGAGUUCAAGAUCGUGCUCACCAUCAUCCGCGACGGGCUCAAGGCUGACCCCAAGAAGUACCGCAAGAUGAAGGACAGGCUCGUUGGAGUCUCGGAGGAGACCACUACCGGAGUCAAGAGGCUCUACCAGAUGCAGGAGACCGGCACCCUCCUCUUCCCCGCCAUCAACGUCAACGACUCCGUCACCAAGAGCAAGUUUGACAACUUGUAUGGUUGCCGCCACUCCCUCCCUGAUGGUCUGAUGAGGGCCACCGAUGUUAUGAUUGCCGGCAAGGUCGCGGUAGUAUGUGGUUAUGGUGAUGUUGGCAAGGGCUGUGCUGCUGCCCUCAAGCAGGCUGGUGCCCGUGUCAUCGUCACUGAGAUCGAUCCCAUCUGUGCCCUUCAGGCCCUGAUGGAGGGUCUUCAGGUCCUUACCUUGGAGGACGUCCUUUCCGAAGCUGACAUCUUUGUGACCACCACUGGUAACAAGGACAUCAUCAUGGUUGACCACAUGAGGAAGAUGAAGAACAAUGCAAUUGUCUGCAACAUCGGUCACUUUGACAAUGAGAUCGACAUGCACGGUCUUGAGACCUACCCUGGUGUGAAGCGCAUCACCAUCAAGCCUCAGACGGACCGUUGGGUGUUCCCUGAGACCAACACUGGCAUCAUUGUCCUUGCUGAGGGUCGUCUGAUGAACCUUGGAUGCGCUACUGGUCACCCCAGCUUUGUUAUGUCCUGCUCAUUCACUAACCAGGUCAUUGCUCAGCUUGAGCUGUGGAAGGAGAAGAGCUCUGGCAAGUAUGAGAAGAAGGUGUAUGUGCUCCCCAAGCACCUUGACGAGAAGGUUGCCGCUCUCCACUUGGGCAAGCUUGGUGCCAAGCUCACCAAGCUCACCAAGUCUCAGGCUGACUACAUCAGCGUCCCGGUCGAGGGCCCCUACAAGCCCGCUCACUACCGGUACUAGGCUGAGAACAUCACUUUGCUGGCCGGUUGUGUUAUGUGCCCAUACGGAGCUCGCCGCACCGGCUCCUUUGAAUGCUCACAUGCGCCGUUGCCUAGAAGGAAUUUUUAUGGUCAUUGCUUGAGCGGUUGAGUCUGGUUGAGUGGGGAGAGGUGGGAAGAGGUGUUUGCUUUUGCGGAGGAAUAAUGGCGUAAUUGGUUGUAGGCUGAGUUGGUGUGCGUUGCCAGAAACUACAUAGUUUCUGAUUAUCAUUUGCAAGCGAUUUGCUCAAGUUAUGUAUCUUUCAUGAAUAACUUGCUUUCUUGAAGAGCAUAUUUAGUCUGAUCCUGAAUUUUGCUUA